AUGGGUCCGACCUCAAGUUCUUGGAGCUUCAACAAAUUUUUUGCAAUAGUUUUCGUCGUUUUCUCAGUCUCCGGUGAGUUCGUCGCCGGAUAUUACAGGCCGAGCCCGUGGAGAUUCGCUCAUGCCACAUUCUACGGCGACGAGACAGCUAGUGAAACCAUGGGUGGUGCAUGUGGGUACGGAAAUCUAUUUAACAGCGGCUACGGCGUAGCCACGGCGGCGCUAAGCGCGACGAUGUUCAAAGAUGGUUACGGUUGUGGCCAAUGUUUCCAAAUAAUGUGUUAUAAGUCGCCACAUUGUUACUACGGAAACCCUACAACGGUGGUUACAGCCACCAACCUUUGCCCUCCAAAUUGGUACCAAGACUCCAACAAUGGUGGUUGGUGCAAUCCUCCUAGAACCCAUUUCGAUAUGGCUAAACCGGCUUUCAUGAAACUCGCUAAUUGGAAGGCCGGUAUCAUCCCUGUUGCAUACCGCAGAGUCCCAUGCAAAAGGAUUGGAGGUAUGAGGUUUCAAUUCCAAGGCAAUGCUUAUUGGCUUCUCAUCUUCGUCAUGAAUGUCGGCGGUGCCGGAGACAUCAAGAGCAUGGCCGUGAAAGGUAGCCGGACGAAUUGGAUAAGCAUGAGCCAUAACUGGGGAGCCUCUUACCAAGCUUUUUCCUCUCUCUACGGUCAAUCUCUCUCUUUCCGGGUCACUUCUUACACCACCGGUCAAACCCUCUAUGCCUGGAACGUUGCUCCGUCUAACUGGAACGCCGGUAUGACUUACAAGACCACUGUUAAUUUCCGUUGA